AUGAUGCAGCAACAGCUACGAAACCACCCGCGCCGCAGCCACAGAUGGAUAAUAUCGCAAACGCCAGAAGGCGACGUCGAAGAAGUCAAGAUCGACCAAAAUGGCGAUGAGGUCGAAGAAGAUGAAGACGGCGAGAUCACUGAGCAAGCAAGAAACCUGAAGACCCUGAAUCAGUACCAGCAAGACAUCCUCAGACUCCAAAACGUGAAGGAGCAGCUGCUCAGGCAAGCCGCUGCCCGUAACAGAGCCGAACAGACAUAG